UUAGGAGGAGGAAAAAGUGUACAUCUUAUUUUGAAAACAGACACUACGCAAACAACCAUGGAUCAGACGACGAUGAUCCACAACAGUCAAGGCAAACAAGAGAUAGAUAGCUCAACAGACGAUGAAGAUAGAGAAGAUGGAACGAGACAUGCAGACAAAAGAGGACUUGAAAACCGUGGCGUUGGGCACCUCUAAGAUCAACUACAUGGAUCCUAGGAUCACGGUCGCAUGGUGCAAACGUCAUGAAGCACCCAUUGAAAAGAUAUUCAACAAGUCACUUCUGGAGAAAUUUGCGUGGGCAAUGGACGUAGAACCUCACUUCACAUUCUAAUAUGCAUUGCACUGCAGCAGCUGAUGAGAGUUUCUCUAUAAAACAGAGCAAAGCAGGCUACAUUUUUUUUCUUCCAAGUAGAUAAAUUCUUUUUGUUUGUAUCUUUAUUUGAGAUCAUGUCUUCUUUUUUUUUCGUAUAUACAAUUGUUCAUUGUUUGCUUGAAUUCAAAUUUAGUCUGUUUUAUAAAAAAUGAAACCAUAAUCUUUACUAUUUUAAA